AUGAGUUUCAAGGCUGUCGUAGGAGUGGUGCCCACACUUCUUCUCCUACUCCUUUUCAACCCGAGUUUGAGCCUUGCCGCACCCCCAGUCUUCGCCUACCCGCCGGGCACAGCCCAGAACGCGAAGCGGAAUGUCACGCAGGCGUUCAAAGAUGCGAUGACGCUUGCAAAGGUUGUGGCCAUCACUGCCACUGACUGUGACCCUGCCUUUCUGCGGUAUUUCCAGCCCCAAGACUUCACGUUUGUGCAGCGGAUGUUCCGGACGAUCGCGAACAUCGACCUGUUCAUGGAGAUCAACCCGCAGGACAUCGGGCCGCUGCUCUCGUCCUCCAACUCGGCCGCGACGUGGAACCCGGACUUCAUCGCCCUGUGCAUCGCGUACGGCGACAACCCGUUCAACCCGGCGGCCAGCGGGCACUCGUGCGUCGACAGCGGCGACAACGCGUACACCAUCUACGACACGAGCCCGGCCGCGCGCUUCUCGGGCCUGAUCUCGCUGUGCCCCGACUCCGGCCUGUUCCAGUACCGCCUCUCGCUGCGCGACACCGAGGACCCGCCGGCGUGGGCGCGCGCGGGCGGCGACCCCUCGGGCACCCCGCUGGCCGGGUUCGGCUGCGACGGCCUCGGCGACCGCGACACCGCGUACAUGAAGGUGAUCGGGGCGACGGUGCUGCACGAGCUGUUCCACUGGCCGUGGAUGUUCCUCAGCGUGCCGGACUACGCGGCGCGCGUCCCGGACCACGACCACCGCAUCUGGGACUACGACGGGCCCUGGGCCCCCGGCGCGUACGGGCCCUUCAACGCCCUCCGCAUCAACCAGCUGCCCGCCGACCCGCGCACCGGCAACUCCCAGUCCCUCCAGAACGCCGACAACUACGUCUGGUACGCCCUCUCCCGCUACUGGUCCUUCCGCUGCGCCAAGACCUUCGGUCCCGCCCUGUCCGCCGACGACAACUACAAUCUCGGCUCCAGGCAGAGGGGGCCGGGCUGA